UGAAGAAAAGGAAUGGGAAGCAAAGUAUUUCUUUAUUAAUUAUUGAUUAUAUUUCUUUCUUGUUCAUUAAGAGAGAGGAGCGUGGAAGAGGAAGAAGAAGAAGACAACAAAGAGAAGAACUAGAAGAAUUAAUUCUGUUGGGUCUCUUCUGUAUUCUGUUUGUGAAUUAGGGCAAUUUCAUUUGAUUAAAAAUGGCGUUGCAAUGGAUGCUUUUGGCUUAUACGGUGGCAGUGGAGGCUGCCAUCGCCAUUCUCCUUACCGUUCCUUCGCCUAAGUUGUUGAAGAAGCGUUUCGUCUCUUUGAUUUCACUCAUUCUACAACCUGCACUCUUCGUUGUGCCCUUUGCCGGCUUUCAGAUUCUGGAUAUCUACUGGAAGAAUGAGCAUCGGUUGAUGUGCACAUCUGAGAUCUGUACUGCUGCUGAGAGGGAUCGAUAUGAGAAAUCUAUCUAUAAAGCUCAGAGGAAUGUGAUUCUGUGCGUUGCUGCAUGUCUUCUCUACUGGUGUAUCUACCGCGUUUGCAAGUACAACAAAGAGAUCGAAAGUUUGGAGGAGGUAGAAAAGAGAUACAAAGAACAGUAGGUUUCAGAAAAUAUGAAAUCCUGUUCCAUGUUGAACGGUUUUUUUUUCUUUCUUUCGCCACGGCUGUGUUAUUCAUACUUGAAUCUUUGUUUGUACUCAAGUAUUGGGAGUAUCAACGUUACUAGAACACUAAAAACUUUGUUGAUUUAGCGGCGUUCAAAUAUUAAGCUCCAUGAAAAAUGAACUCAUACCAUUACUGUUGUUGGAUUAGUGGGAAUAAAACAAUUUUAGGUA